GUUUAUCGUUUGGGGUACUAAAACUGAAAUUGCUCCAAGGAAGUGCGCGUAGAAAGCGUUGAUCGUCGAGCGUGUUAGAGCUAAGAGAAGCUAAGAGCGGCGGGGGUAGAUAGUUCAAAAUAUCAAAUCGUACAAGAUGAUGGAACAAGUGCUGGCUCAGGAUUUUGUCACGGAUCCACUAGAUCCUAAGACGCGGCAAGUCAAAGAUAAAGAAAAAUCCUUGUCUUCAAGACGGAAUUUUACUCACGCGAAGCCGCCGUAUAGCUACAUUAGCUUAAUAACUAUGGCCAUCCAGCAAAGUCCUAACAAGAUGCUAACUUUAAGCGAAAUUUAUCAAUUUAUCAUGGACUUAUUUCCCUACUACAGAUCAAAUCAACAACGGUGGCAGAAUUCGAUACGACACAGCUUAUCGUUCAAUGAUUGUUUUGUCAAAGUGCCUCGCUCUCCUGAUCGACCUGGAAAAGGUUCAUAUUGGACCUUGCAUCCUGACUGUGGAAAUAUGUUUGAAAAUGGUUGUUAUUUGCGCCGGCAGAAACGUUUCAAAGCCGACAAAAAGCCGAAUUUAAGUCAUCUUGUGAAGCCUGGUCCGUAUGUCCCUGGUGUUCCUAAAGUACAAGGUGGAAAGAGUUUCGCCACACCGUCAUUCUUAGCGCCAACCCAUUACGCUGGAUUUAGACCCGGUUUCAAUCAUCCUUUUGCAAUAAAAAACAUCAUCGCAGACCACGAAAUGGAGUUCCGAGGCUACGAUGGGAUGCAUUUCAAUCCAUAUCACACAAGCUCCCUAUCUACACCACCUCCUGUGCCGGCUAUGAGUCCUAUGUCUUCAUUCGGUUUGCCGAAAACCUCUCUCGAACCGCCAUCUCUGAUGACAACCGAAGCAAAUCUCAAUCCUUAUUAUCCCUCUUGUGGCUAUAUCAAUACAUCCUCGAGCUGUUCCUUGUCUGGUUAUUCAUAAACAUCCUUAAAACUUUAAAUUUGAAACGUAAUUUCGACCACUAAUCCUGAAUAGAAUCGUCAAUUUAUGAGCUCGCCUGCGAAGGAACAUGCAUUUAACCUCGAUUGAACUCAAAGAAGAAAGUUGAUACGAACUCAAAUGUCUUGUAUUAAAGCGAUCUGAACGUUAUAAAUUUGUUUGUAAUAUAAUAUUAGAAAUGUCCAGCAAGUUUAGUUUGUAAAUUUGUGUAAAUUCGAUGGGAAAAUUGCGCUCGAAUGGAGCAGGGAGAUAUUAUGAUAGCUUAAUGGCUGCCAAAAUUGUUGUAUCUUUGGUGCAAGUUUUGAUAUGUACAGUGCAUGUGUGUGUAUUUAUUUUCCUUAUUGUAUUUAUAGAUUACGCCUUACGUUAUUCAAUCCUUAAAAACAUUAUUGACACGAUCGGAAUAAAUGUUGUUUGAAAUGGA